GCAUUAUUUAAUUUCGGAAUUUUUCCCUUUUAACAGUUAUUUUACAAAAUAUUUCUAUCAAGUAAAUAUACUAUGUGAUAAUGUUUGGGUAACACGGGGUAACCUUUCAUUCUCCUUUCAUGUUUGUAUAUUAAAAAAACAAAAGUCGAUUUAGAAAGCCAACAAAUUUGAGGUUAUAACUACAGCACAUGCUACAACAAAUUAGACGCUUUUCUCUCAAAGUACCAGAUAAAUCACCAUGUCGUUACUAAAAUACUCAAAGAAGCUCGUCCAAAUGAAGCCUUCCCUGAACAAUGUCCACCGCUGUAAGGUUUGUCCAUAUUUCACAACCUCAUUUUUGCUCAUGGUGAACCACGUUAAACGCCACCAAGCUCCCCCACAAUAUUUCAACUGUGAAAAUAUCGACGUCGAAACUUACCACUGCGAGGACUGCAAUUUCCAGACAGAACUAACACUUCUUUUCAAGCAGCACGCCCGACUGUGUUAUAGGAAGUCUGAAGAGAAUUUACCAGAGCAAGUUUACUCAACUCAAAGUUUCAUUUGCAAGAAGUGCAGUUUCGAAACACAUUUCAAGCUUAAGUGGCUUCAGCACGGUACACAGUGUUUGGGAAGCAAUAACUUUCAAAUAGUAACACCUAAUGGUAAAAUUACCAUAUGGUAUUACUGCAACCAGUGUGAAGGCAGAUUCACAAGGAAACAAAACUUGAAGGCACACAAAAUUUUAAAACAUUUGAGUGAUGAUCAACGCAGGUGGUAUUAUUGUGGACAUUGCUCCUAUAAAUCCAUUCUGAAAUCGCGUUUAAAAGUACAUGUAAUGAGGCAUAUGAACAAACCAAAGAGACGGAUUUUUUUAAAAACUCCUGGUGUUAUAGAGUAUGUGGAUGAGCGGGGUAUUAAAUGGUAUAAAUGUGAAAAGUGUCCACAUAAAACUAAAGUUAAGGGGAAUUUAAUCGAGCAUAUAAAUUCCUUGCACUUAGAUGAGAAGGAUAUUACAUGGCACGAGUGCCAGAUUUGUUCAUACAAAGGUAAAAAUGUGUUGGCUUUGAAGAGACACAUUAUUGUACAUCAUUUAAAAGAUAAGGAUGUUACAUGGCAUAAAUGUCAAAGCUGUCAAUAUAUGACUAAAUAUCAUAGAGUAUUAAAGGAACAUAUAAAUGGGCACCAUUUAGAUGAACAAGAUGUUAAGUGGCACGAAUGUGAAGAGUGUUCGUAUAAAACCAAAUAUAAAAGCAACUUGUCAAGUCACAAACUGGUAUCACACCCUAGUGAAAACUGGUCACAAUACACUCCAAGGAUGUUAAAAAAGCUUCCCUCGAAACCACUACAUGUUUCAAAGAAAGGUAAAAUAAGAGUGGGUGGAAAUCUUACUAAUUACAAAUGGUGUCAGCUUGCCGACGAGAAAAGGAACAACUCAGUUUUCAAAAAAAAGUUACUUGAAGAAGACCACAAGCAAAAACAGGAAAUCCAUGCAAUAAUGAAGAACCAAUUGCAGGAGGAACAUGAGCAAAAACUGCGACAUCGUGAAGAAGAACAUUAUGUAAAAUUGAAAUUAAUGCAGGAGGAGCAUGCAUUAAGGAUGACAUUGUUGAAACAACAAAUCACGUUCUCCGAUGUUGAUAAUAAUUAGUAAAUCAGUGAGAUAUAAUAAAUUAAUUUCAUAUAA